CCCAUAUUGCAAUGAUAUGAUUGAUCCUAGAGAUCCCUAAAUAUCGAUCUGGUGUUUGCAGAACGGUUUUAGUUUGAUUUUUCAGUAGCUCAUAAAUAGGUAAAAAAAGCUUCUGUGGCUGAUGCUAUUUUGUGUUGAAAUCGGAAAUACUGCUGCUUCUGCUUUUCAGUUUUAGAAAUAGGGAGUUUGACCAACAGUGUGAAACGGACAUCAGUGAAGGACAGUCUGUUCAGUUCAACUAGAGAGAUUUCCAGUUUGGUUCUCUAAAGACACACAAGAACAUGAUUGCUACGGAAAAGUUGCUUCUGAUUUCCUGCCUUUUUCAAGGUAUAAUUUGCAAUACAUUUGAAGCCUUCAUGCCUCAGCGUAUUAAAGCCUUGAGCGGCUCCUGUGUGCUGAUUCCAUGUACAUUCACAAUUCCAAAGAGUUAUGAGAACGAUAUGGUGGAACCGGCCAGAGGAAUUUGGAUGACUUCUUAUAAUUUCAGAGAUAUUGUAUUUGACUCCAGUAGACAUUAUAGCGAGAAUACCCUGAAAGCAGAGCUACUUGGUAACGUGACUAACAAGAAUUGCACCACAAUAAUACAUCAUUUAAAAACAAGUGAUUCAAAAAGUUAUUUCUUCAGAGCAGAACCUCCUAAUUUCACCUUUUAUCGGAGUGUUUUGCUUGAAGUUGCAGACUCUCCGGACAGACCAGCGAUCAGCCCAUCGAGUGCAGUGAAGGAGGGAGCUCCCACGAGUUUAACCUGCACUGCUCCAGCCCCGUGCCCAAGAGACCCUCCAGCCCUGGUGUGGAGCGACACUCUGAACGGGAGUGUGGAGAUAGAGCAGGUUGAGCAGCAGGAUGGGAUCAAGGCUGUAUCUUCUGUUCUGACGUUCACUGCCUCACAUCUGCACCACAACAAGGACAUCACAUGCACUGCGCAGUACCCAGUGGGGUCUGAAACUAAAAGCGCUGGAGAAGUCUCGACUCUUCGUGUUCUCUAUUCACCAAAGAACACGUUGGUGUUAAUAAACCCUUCUGGUGAAAUACAUGAAGGAGGUCAUGUGACACUGAGCUGCAGCAGCAAUGCAAACCCAGCAGUGAGCCGCUACACCUGGUUUGAAGUGAAGGGAGAUAAUAUCAACGAGAAAAGUGCUGAACAGUACCUCACUUUUACUGACAUUAACCCGAGUGACAGUGGACUGUACUACUGUGAAGCAAGGAAUGAGCAUGGGGCAGAGAACUCGACAGCUGUGCAGCUGAAUGUAGCAUAUUCACCGAAGAACACAUCGGUUUUAAUAAACCCUUCUGGUGAAAUACAUGAAGGAGAUCAUGUGACACUGAGCUGCAGCAGCAAUGCAAACCCAGCAGUGAGCCGCUACACCUGGUUUGAAGUGAAAGGAGAUAAUAUCACAGAGAAAAGUGCUGAACAGUACCUCACUUUUACUGACAUUAACCUGAAUGACAGUGGACUGUACUACUGUGAAGCAAGGAAUGAGCAUGGGGCAGAGAACUCGACAGCCGUGCAGCUGAAUGUAGCAUAUUCACCGAAGAACACAUCGGUGUUAAUAAACCCUUCUGGUGAAAUACAUGAAGGAGAUCAUGUGACACUGAGCUGCAGCAGCAAUGCAAUCCCAGCAGUGAGCCGCUACACCUGGUUUGAAGUGAAGGGAGAUAAUAUCACAGAGAAAAGUGCUGAACAGAAUCUCACUUUUACUGACAUUAACCCGAGUGACAGUGGACUGUACUACUGUGAAGCAAGGAAUGAGCAUGGGGCAGAGAACUCGACAGCCGUGCAGCUGAAUGUAGCAUGUUGCAUGCCACAGAUUUCACAUGAAUCCAGUUGCUCAAAAGAUGAUACCGAAAGCAUUACCUGCAUUUGUGUGAGCCGUGGGAGUCCAUCACCGAUCACUGAAUGGAGGAUUGCUGGAAAUAAACUGGAAAACAACACAGAUAGAGGGAGCAUCAGUAACUCAAAGUUAGAAGACCACACAAUGAGAAGCACACUCAUCCUGCUGGAGCCGUUGGCUAAAAAUGAGGCUAUACAGUGUCUGAGUAAAAACCGCAUUGGCACUGCAACCUUCCAGUUCCAUGUGUUCCAUGAACAGAAGGAAGCUGCAGAAAAGCAGAUCCAUUUCCUGUCCGCUGUCUACGGGGGGUUUGCUUGCGCUGCAGUAUUGCUGCUGGGGUUUGGCUUUUCCAAAUGUGUAAAAAAGUUAAUGAAAUCGAAGUCAACCUCCAGACCCAAAAGGGAAGAUACUGCAGAGCUAACAGAGGUCAACGGGCUUGACUCGAGCUCCCCUCAAGAUGAGGAGGAGAAUGCAAUCUACGCUAACAGACCAGCAGCCACUGAAGAUCACCAACAGGGAUGCCAGGAAGAAAACCUUCACUACGCCUCCAUCGAUUACUCCAAACUGAAACCUGGCAACCAGGAGAGCGGCACUAAACGCGCCUCACGAUACAGCACGGAAUAUUCUGAGGUGAAGCGUCCUGGGACAGCAGGAAGUGAGAGGGAAGUCACGGAUCCCCCCAUAGAGGAAAAUGAAUACGCUGAGAUGAAAGGCUGCCCUGCCAAGAACAGGGAGAACACAGCAGCUAAGAGCGUCUCGACAGGAGAAUCUGACUACGCAGAGGUGAGACGCUGUCAUACAUCACCGGAAUAUUUCCAGUUUGGUUCUCUAAAGACACACAAGAACAUGAUUGCUACGGAAAAGUUGCUUCUGAUUUCCUGCCUUUUUCAAGGUAUAAUUUGCAAUGAAUUUGAAGUCUUCAUGCCGCAGCGUAUUAAAGCCUUGAGCGGCUCCUGUGUGCUGAUUCCAUGUACAUUCAUAAUUCCAAAGAGUUAUGAGAACGAUAUGGUGGAACCGGCCAGAGGAAUUUGGAUGACUUCUUAUGAUUUCAGACAUAUUGUAUUUAACUCCAGCAGACGUUAUAACGACAAUACCCUGAAAGCAGAGCUACUUGGUAACGUGACUAACAAGAAUUGCACCACAAUAAUAAAUCAUUUAAAAACCAGUGAUUCAAAAAGUUAUUUCUUCAGAGCGGUACCUCCUAAAAACACCUUUCCUCAGAGUGUUACACUUGAAGUUGCAGUCUCUCCGGACAGACCAGCAAUCAGCCCAUCGAGGACAGUGAAGGAGGGAGCUCUCACGAGUUUAGCAUGCACUGCUCCAGCCCCGUGCCCAAGAGAACCUCCAGCCCUGGUGUGGAGCGACACUCUGAACGGGAGUGUGGAGAUAGAGCAGGUUGAGCAGCAGGAUGGGACCAAGGCUGUAUCCUCUGUUCUGACGUUCACUGCCUCACAUCUGCACCACAACAAGGACAUCACAUGCACUGCGCAGUAUCCAGUGGGGUCUGAAACUAAAAGCGCUGGAGAAGUCUUGACUCUUCGUGUUCUCUAUUCACCAAAGAACACAGUGGCAUUAAUAAUUCCUGCUGGUAAAAUACAUGAAGGAGGUCAUGUGACACUGAGCUGCAGCAGCAAUGCAAACCCAGCAGUGAGCCGCUACACCUGGUUUGAAGUGAAGGGAGAUAAUAUCAACGAGAAAAGUGCUGAACAGUACCUCACUUUUACUGACAUUAUCCCGAAUGACAGUGGACUGUACUACUGUGAAGCAAGGAAUGAGCAUGGGGCAGAGAACUCGUCAGCCAUGCAGCUGAAUGUAGCAUCUCCUGCAACUCCAUGUAUUUAUGUUGUCAUGGGAACAGCGGCUGUUCAGAUGUUAGCCACCAUUUUGGUUUUUGUAUUCAUAAUGAAAAGGUAUGUCUUUGAACGCUAAACAUAAAGUAUGUGUGGUUGUUACUUCACAUAUGUAGUUGUCAGUGUACUGUUAACAUAUAUUUUCAUUUUUCAUUUCAUGUGUGUGUAAAGAAAGAGAAAGGUAAGUCUGGAUUUUUUCAUUUGCUCAGUUUUGCUUAAUACUGUGGAACUGGUUCUAUGUUCUAUUAGAAUAUAUGAACUGUUAAAAUACUAGAACAGCAGCUGUCUCUAUACUGUGAACCCCUUUAUAGACUCUUAAGUAAUAUUUGCAUUACAUUUAGUGAUGAGGAACAGCCAGUGAUUCUGUAGUAUUGUUAAGCUUACAGCACAGUUACUUGCCAAUUACAGUUAUGGCCAAAAGUUUAGCAUCACCUAGAAUUUUAGGAUUGAGACAUCAUUAAAAAAAAAAAAGAAAAAAAAACUA